AGUUUGUCCAAGUGUACUUGCCGUACAACUUUAGGCCCAGCUUUUUCAUGUACGGUUUGACUAGCCAAAAAAGCUUUAUGGUACAGCGCUGCUGAUUUAGUCCUUAGCGUGCAGAAGGCCCCACACAGACAAUCCGAUUACUUUUUUACGGGACUAAAACAUCAUUAAGUGCUCGUUUCAUGCUGAACUUGCACUUCGAAGGUAUUCCUCUUAGCUUAGCUUCAAUUAUCUUAGCCUAGCUUAAUUUAACUUGUCCUGCAACCACGAACGAAGAGACUCGCAAAGCGGAGAUCAAGUGGGAGUGUUACAUGUUGUGAUUAUCGCGUGAAAAUGUGUGAUGAAAGGAUGAAAGAAGAGAACAAGGAGGUGCUUUUUGGAACUAAAGAGGAGAACGAACGUCAACGUCAACAAGUGAACAGUUUCAAUAAACCUCUAAAUGUGCACAGAGCAGAUGUCAGUGAAGAAUGUCUUCAUUCUGAGAAUCGGGAGCCAGUAUUCUCUCACAUUAAAGAGGAAACGGAGGAUGAAGAUCUUCUACACGUCAAAGAAGAAGGCAAAGCAGAUCCUCUUCACCUUAAAGAAGAAGCGGAGAAGGCAGAACCCUUUCACAUUCAGGAAGAGGAGGAUGAUAUCACCAAGUUACAAUUGACUGUAGUCCUUUUGAAGAAUGAAGAUGAAGAAGACGACGGUCAAAAUGAGGAGAACUGGAGGGCUGAGCCUCCAAGCAGCAGCUCAAGUCAACACAUGGCAACCGAAAUUGAUGUAGAUCAAUGUCGACGAUCACAAGAUGACAGCCUUCUCGCGCCACUUUUAGAAUGUGACGAAAUGGUGUCACACUGUUCUGACAUUGAAGAUGAUGAUGAACACUCUUUAACAACCCAUAUUAGAACACACAUUGGGGAGAAGCCUUUUGUCUGCUCAGUUUGUAGUCAAAGAUUCGCUUGGAAGGGGCAUUUAAACUCUCACACACGAACCCACACUGGGGAGAAACCUUUUGCCUGUUCAGAGUGUGACCAAAGAUUUUCUGAAAAGGGAAACUUAAAAAAACACACAAAAACGCACACUGGAGAAAAACCUUUUGCCUGUUCAGUUUGCGGCCAAAGAUUCUCUGAAAAUGGGAAUUUAAGAAAACACAUUAAAACCCACACUGGAGAGAAACCCUUUGCCUGCUCAGUUUGCGGUCAACGAUUCUCUGAAAGGGGAAACUUAAGAACACACACAAGAAGACACACUGGAGAGAAGCCUUUUACCUGCUCAGUUUGUAGUCAACAAUUUGCACGGAAGGGACAUUUGAAUGCACACACAAGAACACACACUGGGGAGAAACCUUUUUCCUGUUUAAUUUGUGGUCAAAGAUUUUCUGUAAAAGGAAACUUAAAUACACACAUGAGAACGCACACUGGGGAGAAACCUUUUUCUUGUUCAGUUUGUGACAAAAGAUUCACUGAGAAAGGACAUUUGAAAACGCACACGAGAACACACACUGGGGAGAAACCAUUUGCCUGCCUAGUUUGUAGGAAAAUAUUCUCUCGUAAGGCAUCUUUAACCAUACACACAAGAAGACACGCUGAAGAGAAAAACAAUUAACUUGGAAGCAGUUAAAAACACUUAUAUUUGCUUUUAGAGUCACUGUAAAGUGUUAGUAUCAGUAGUGGGAUUUCAGGGUCGAGCAAGAAUUUGACAAGACGCACAAGAAGCCAACUUUGUGGGAAACCCUUCAGCUGCUAUUUCUGUGAGAUAAAUUAUUCUAUAUUUUAACCAUUCAUUUACUGUAAGAAUCAAGCUGGUUGCUGGGAAGUCCAGCAGUAACUUUCUUGACAUAAAUUGGAACAAAACUGUUUCUUUUUUGUCAGCUGUGAACGCAGGUAUGUGAUCUUCAAUGAAAUACAAGUUUUCAUACAGUG